AUGUUACACGCCGGCAUUGAAGCACUUUUCGGUCGCAAUCGCGAUCAUCAUCAUCGAAAAAGACAUUUAUUUCAUUUUGGUCGUCAACACAAUAAUCAUAAAGAAGAAGCAGAUGAAUUAGCAAAAUUUUUUUCUGAUAAACCAAAUACUGAAAAAGAAUUGAUCAGUGGUUCGAAUUUUGGUUUUGCUGCAAUGCAAGGUUGGCGUUCCUCUAUGGAAGAUAGGCAUAAAUAUUUAGUUCCAUUCGAUGAUUCUUCAUGGAAAUUAUGGUCGUAUUUUUCAAUUUUCGAUGGCCAUAAUGGUGUGGAUACUGCAAAUUAUGCUGCUGAUUAUCUUGAAAUUCAUUUAUUAGAUGCGUUUAAAAAGACCCUUGUUCAACAAAAUGAUGAUACUAUCAAAGGUGGCGAAUCUGUUCAUUCAUCGCAAAUAGAUAUUCCAGCAUUACAUGCUGCUAUUAAACAAGCUUAUUUUGAAUUAGAUCAACAUUUGAAAACCACGGUGAAAGAUGAUAGUGGGUGUGUUUGUAUAACAUGUCUUAUUGGCCCAGAACAAAUUUCUCUAAUUCAUGUUGGUGAUUCUCGUGCAAUUAUUUUUUCAAAUGAUGGACAUAUUUUAGCGCAUACUGAAGAUCACAAACCAGAUGAUCCUGCUGAACAAGAACGUAUUCAUGAAGCUGGAGGAAGAAUCUCGAAAUCAUUUGCUGGUGAUGUUUUACGUGUAGAAAAUCAAUUAGCCAUGACACGUGUAUUGGGCGACUUCGGAAUCGAUAAACAUAUUGUUCCACCAAUGGCAGAUAUUGUUGAAUAUCCACGAGAUUCAUCAGCAGCAUUUCUUGUUCUUGCAUGUGAUGGAAUUUGGGAUGUAAUGACAAAUGAAGAUGUUGCUUCAUUUGUUGUUGCUCGUGUAGCAACAAUGAAGCUAGAAAACAUUGCUGCACAAUUGUUAGAUGAAUGUCUUCGUCGAGAGAGUACUGAUAAUAUGAGUGUUUAUAUCGUAAAGCUUUAA